GACUAUCCCAUUGUUGCCGCACCAUCAUUCUUUAUGUAGAUCAGUGAGGAUCGAGGCCCGAUGAGCGAGGGAGGACGUAUAAUCGCUGAAUGAGAGGCACCUAGAGUGUCGUCUCUGAAAGGUAAGGACUUACUUACUUACUUAUCCUCUUCGUCCCAGUUGGGGCAUAAGGCUGCAACCAUACCCUGCCACUGAACCCUGUCUCGUGCUUUGGCCUGUGCUUCGCCCCAGGAAAGACCCAUCCCCUUCAGCUCCGUCAUCACUGUCCUUUGCCAGGUGUUCUUUGGUCUGCCCCUUUUUCUUUUCCCGAUUGGUGUCCAUCUCAAGGCAACUUUGGGUGGUCUUUCAUUGGGCAUCCUCAAUACAUGGCCAAGCCAUCUUAGUCUGCGCUUUUUGAUAUCAAGAGACAUAUGGAAGCUGCCUGUCCUCUUGUAGAGUUCCUCAUUUGAGACUGUAUUUGGCCAAAAUAUGUUGCAGAUGUCGACGGAGGCAGCUGUUAUGGAAGACUUCAACCUUUCUCAUAUCCUGCUUUGUUACUCUCCAGCACUCAGAACCAUACAGCAGGACAGCCUUGACAUUGCUGUUGUAGAGCUUGAUUCUAAGGCUGUAUUGUUUGGACUUCCAGAUGUUGCGCAGUUGGCUGAAAGCACCUCUUUCUUUGUUUAGACGUGCCUUUAUGUCUUUUUGUGUUCCACUUUCACUGCUUAUAAUGCUUCCAAGGUAUGAAAAUUCUUCAACACAUGUCAGCACCUCUCCAUCGAUGGUUAUUGGAGGUGCUGUUGGGGUAUUGAUGCACAUUACCUGGGUCUUUUUCUGGUAAGGAGGUAAGGAGCUCCUGCACUAAUGAGCGCAGGGUCCUUCUGUGUAGCCUGGCUAUCACCAGAGACGGUUUAUAAAGCGAGACGAUUCAUAUGAGGGUAAAUUCCGGUUUCACUGUGACGCAACUACUCCCAUUUAGGAGGCAAACGGGAGCAUUUUUUUUAUGGUAGAAAUAAACCUGUCAUCAACGGCACCUGCUUCUGCUGAUUCUACACCGUUCUAAACCCAUUAUCUCGUCACAGAUCACGCCCCUUUAGGAGGCGGAAGUGGGUGCCAUUUCAUUCCAUUGAAAAACCCCUUUGUGAUUCAUAUAGUAACUAUACGAUCUUUGCUAUCACCAGACUAAGCUCAAUCUUUUGAGACUGAACAUUGCCUGUGUCUGCUGUGGAAUCACGGAGAGGAAACUGAUCAUUGCGUUCCUAUUGGCCUAUUCUGUACCUUUCACCUCGGAAUGUGUUGCUUUUCAACUCCGUACCUACUGUACAUCAAAUAAGACAUCGUUCAUCAGAGGGUCCCUCAGGCUAUAGACCUCUGAAGUUCGCCUACAAAAAGGAUUCAAAGCUGCCAUCUUUGUCCAUAUAAGGAGACCCGGGAGUUAAUUGAAGUUAACUGCCUAUGGCAAGUUGCAUGGUGGUGCCAGUGAGCCGACUCAACAACCAUGUUGCUUGGCAACCACAGCCUGGCAGCCACCCUGCAGCAGAGGCCGGACUGGGACGUGGACUGGGUGGAGCACUCGCUGGACUUCCUGCCCAUGCUGCUGAUCAAGGUGCUGCUGAACUGCGUCCUGGCGCUCAACUACAGCCUCCAGCGGCCGGCGUGCUCCGUCAUGAGCCUCUGCUUCCUGUCGCUCUGCCUGGCCGACUUCCUGUUGCCCGCCGCGCUGGCCGCCGCCACGACCGCCGACCGGCUGCUGGACUGCUGCGACGGUUACCCGGGUUACGAGGCCCUGGUGCUCACGCACGCCUCCGCCGUCUACGCCUUCCUGCCGCUGCCCGUGCUGGUGCUCGGAGCGCUGGACUACGCCUCUGUGGCCCGGCGAGGGCAGGACGGAGCGUUCCGGUUCCGGUCCCGCUGGCCGGGGGGAGGCGUGGGUCAGGGCGCGGCGGUUCUGGCGCUGUGGGUUCUAGCCGGGCUGUACUCGGCGCUCCACACGGACCUGUCGGUGCUGGAGGUGAAGGGCAGGCCGGGGUUGCUGCGGUGGACGCGGGUGUGUGACGUGUGCGUGGCGCGGGGCGUCGAUCUCUUCUGCCUGCUGCUGCUGCCGGCGGUCGGAUUCGUGCUGCUGCUGCACCUGCCCCACGUGCCGCGCUGGACGCGCCGCCUCCUCCAGGUGGCGCCGGAAAUGGAGGCGCACGGAACACAGUGGAGACGCAACCUGCCCGUCACCCACGGCAACCUGCCCGUCACCCACGGCGACCUGCCCGUCUGGUCCGUUGAGAUGGAGAUGCAGCAUCCGUGCCAGCGGGACCCCCCGAUCUACGUUGCCUGCGUGUUGCUGUUCGCCGCGCCAUGGUGCCCAUACCUGCUGCUGCACCUGAGCAGCCUGCUGCUGGGGUUGGCAGUGCCCUCGUACGUCAGCGUCAACACGCUGUGGCUCAGGUGUGCCAACAGCCUCCUGGCGGGCAUCACCUCCUGGGCGCUGGCAACGCAGGAGGACACGGGUGGCACCGCCGGCGACAGCAUCCAACACCUGGACCCCGUCUGCGACUGGAGGAUCCCCAUCUACCUCAGUUACCGUGGCAACAGCCCCGGCCCAUGGCACCAGGCGCCCCUGGAGCUGCAGACUCAGACGUCGGAGAGGAGACUGAAGCCCCAGCUGCUGAUUUGAGCUGCACUCCGGACAGCAUCACACACACACACACACACACACACACACACACACACACACACACACACACACACACACACACACACACACUCACACUCACACUCACACUCACACACACACACACACACACACAGGGGGGGGUUUGGGUGGUGCGCAUGCCAUGGUGGGCGGCUGCCUGUGUCUUUUUUUUUUCAAUCUAGGAUUUCUGGGACUGUCAUCAUAGUCUGAGGAAAGGCCGUAAGGCCUGAAAUGUAUAAAAAAGGAACUGUAUUGGGAACUCUCCGGUGUGCAGAUUUUUACUUGUCCUGGGGCUAUCACUGUGAAGCUUGUAUUUCGGUUAAGAACCAAACCAGCUUUUGUUCAAAUCUACACACCUAUCUCAGUGUUUUCCCUACAAUGUACUGUAUUCAGCUGGCGCAGCACCACGGCUGGAUUUUCAGCGCCACUGCAACAUCUUCACAUGAUCAGUAAUGUCACCACAAUAAGGCCUACUUCCACAUUCGUUGAAAUUGGGGUGCUUGAAAGACCCUAGCACCACUGCUGGAAAAAAUUCUAAGGGAAACACUGUAUCUCUACUGAAAAAUGUAAGGUCCAUUAUCAAAUGUUAUUUUGAAGUAUUAAAACGCACUGCAUAUGUCAUCUGGUAAAGGCUUUUUUUCCGUGGAGGACACGCCAUCUGCUGGUUAUUAAUAAAAGUACAAUAAUGGGCGAGCAUUGCAGCA